AAUGCUAAUUUCUUGACAUAUAAGAGUGGAUUCCAUUUGUUUUUCUGGCCUGCAUAUUCUAUCAAAGAAAAAAUGUUGUUUCUGCUCUCUUUUAUCAUUCUAGCUUCCGUGCCAGCUGUCAUUGGGCAAAACCUGACGUAUCUUACGGGCCUUCUGCAAACUCUCAAUGCAUCUGGACUCACUCAAUUGGCUUCCGUUGCGCCGUCUUUGAAUAAUACUCCCUCUGGACAGCGGAUUUUGUCAACUCUCCCACAGGGUAAUUGGACGUUGUUCGCGCCUAAUAAUGCUGCCUUCGGAGCUUUAUCGUCAACGGAUACCGGGAAUACCACAUUCCUGACAGACACAAUAUCUUAUCAUAUUGUCUCUGGAAACUUUACUAAUGAGACUGCCUCUUACCCCAAUGUUACCAUUGGUCGGACCUUACUCAACGAUUCUUCACUUGUCAUGUUGGAAGGGAACAAGUCACAAGUCCUUUCUUGGACGAAGUUAGGCAAUGGCACGACUGCGGUUCUGAAUCAAAAUAUGAACGUGUCGGUGACCAACACGACUCAAUAUGAAAACCUCGAGAUUCUUGUCAUUGAGGCAGUUCUCAUCCCACCCCCAAAUAUCACGUCUAUACUCACAAACGGAGCGUACAAUUUGACCAGCCUAUCUCCCAUCCUAUCACAAGCGACUCUACCCGGCAAUACAACUACUCUAUUACAAGCUCUUAGUAGUGCCAGGGGUAUCACAGUCUUCGCGCCCAACAAUGCUGCUCUUUCAGCAGCUCAGAGUACAUUAACUAAUCUGACAUCCAACAUUACUGCCCUGAGCGCGCUUUUAUCUAACCAUGUGAUUAACGGUACAUCGGUCUACUCUCCGCUGAUCUCGUCAUCUACGAACUACACGUCAGCUGGGGGCGAGCCGCUCAUGUUCACAACUAACUCAUCUGGCACUUACGUCUCCUCUGGUGGUUCUUCAACCGCCCGGAUCGUCAGAUCAGAUAUAUUGGCUGAGAAUGGUGUAGUUCACGUACUUGACGGCGUCCUGGCAGACGUGCAGAGUAACCCCUCGGCGGCAAGUUCUGCGUAUGCAUCAGCCACGUCUAUUGCUGCGGUUUCCACUACCCAGACAGGGCCCUUAGGUCCUACUGGUGGAAGUGCAUCGGGGAGCAGGUCUGGUGGAGCUAUUGAGUUGGAGCCCAGUUUCCAGGUUGGCGGAGGUAUUGCCAUUCUUUUUAGUCUAUUGGGACAGCUGGCAUGAGAAAGAAAAGGAGACGAACCAAGAAAUUAAAUAUGAGGGACUUGGGGGAUAUUUUUCCAUUUGACUCGGUGUAUUAUACUGUCUAUCUUGGAUGUCUGCUUAUAUGGACCAUGGGUGCUCAGGAUUUGUUGUAUGAUAUUGCUUUUUUAAGAGACUGGCGUCUCUACUUCAGUCACUGAU